AUGCCCGCUCUCCAAAGCUACGACGUUCUCCUCGACCUCACGAACGAUAUGCACGACUCUGUCUCCAUCCAACUCUUGCGGGAUUAUGGCCGACAAUCCAGCCGAGUUGUCCUGCUUCAACCCACCGAAACCCUCACCCUCAUCCUUGAAUCGGGUUCCUCCUACCAAUACGCGGUCAAGUCCCGCACGAAGGUCGCCAAUGUUACUGCGAAGUCCUGGAGGGAUAUCCAAUGCUGUACCUCCCAACUAUUCAGGGGUAACUUGACGGAAUCUCUCACCUCGAACGUCACUCAGGCAGUAAACGGGGUGAACGUCGACCGGGUGUGGAGGGACCACAGGUUCAACGUUUGGGCAAACGAAGCGUGA